CAUCCAUCGACAUUGACGACCGGCCGGCCUGCUUCGAUCUCUCCAUCUUGGUGAAAUAGGUAGCCCAGCUGGGUGGGUUCUCGGAAAAAUAAAAAUAACAAAAGAGUAGAUCAAGUUGAUGACGAACAACAAGAACGAUGACAUCCUCGGAAACUUCCUGACCAAUAAGUUCUUGACUGACUUGUUCUCGCUGGAACUGUCGCGGAAGGUGAUGACUAUCAUCGAACCUCCAGAUCAGUCCGGAGCUGGGAUCGCGUCAGGUCUGUACUAUAGUGCCAAGGAAAACUUCGAUAGUUGUUCUUCCGUAGAAUCACCUGAGGGCCCAGAUGACAUCUUGAAGAUAUUGGCAGAUAUACUUAACAAUAUGCAGCCCAAGGGGGAUACUAUUGCACCACAGGAUCAAAUCGAGCAAGCCCAGAAAAAAGUUCAGCAAGCCCUAAAGAAAAAGAGGUACAUUGUCCUAAUCACAGGCUUAGGAGAGGCAGCCACAUGGGAUAAUAUUGAGAAGGCCUUCCCGGAUGGAGGCAAUGGCCGAGUGAUUAUUACCACUUAUCGAUGGGACGUGGCCCUAAAGUGCUCCUCUGGUCAAUCUGACUUGAUCUAUAGGUCGGGGUCUUGGUCUUGUACCAAGGCACCAGAUGUGGUGGUUGAUGAUAAGGCACAGAUGGAAAUUAAGUAUGUGGAGGAGCUGAGGCUCUCCGACGACAACCAGAGGGCUUGUGUGUUUUCCCUCUCAACAGUACAAGAUGCUAAUGAGUUUGUGUUUGAGAAGGAGAGCAUGGUUAGGAAAUGGAAUGCUGAAGGGUUUACCUCUGCGGAUGAGGACUUGUUUGAUAAGCUCGUUAACAAGCGCUGGAUUAUUCAGCAAGGAAGCGGGCCAACAUACAAGCUGGACACUAAGUUCCUGUCCGGCCUCAGGAAGGAGCAAAGAACAUUGAUGACGGGAAAAUCCUUUGAGCUUCCUCCUGGCUGGAACAGUGGCUCCAGCUCCCUCAGCGGAAUUGCCCUCGUAGAUAUCUUGGUGUGCCAACUAAAUGAUAAGGAUCUUGAUAAGCUUGGCCAAAUGAAGUACCUCCGGAACCUUGUGCUAGAGAUUGCCGGCAUCCCAACGAAAGUGAUGGUCAUCACCAAAGGUAGCUUCCCGCAGCUCCAGGUAUUUGAGCUCAACUGCCAUGUGCCGUGGGUCACCUUCGAAGAUGGAGCUAUGCCGGAGCUGAGGUGCCUCCGCUUCAAGCUAUACGCCGGCCCAAAAGGUAAGACCCCUUCGGGGACCAAUCACCUCAAGAAACUGGACGAGCUUAGCCUCAACUACGGCACAGCAUACAAUGGAAGCCCCUGCGUCUUGGAGACAACUAGCACCAUGGAGGAAGAAGCUGAAAAGCGUGCCAAGCCGACGACCCUCAUCACCAACAACACGGCAAAAUUUCCAAAGCUCCGUGUGACGAAUUAUGACAACAUGAAGGAACUGGUACUGUGGGCACGUAAAAUCACGCUUUUUUUGUUCCACUGCGUCCUCACCCCGCUUUUCCCAUUGGCCCACCACUUCCGGGGAGCGCUAGCAAAGAUGACAACGGGGAAACUCCUUUUCGUGAUCCCACUUCUUGCCCUCAUAUGUUACCAUAACAUCAUUCUGCUGGCAUGGAUAGCUCCCUGGGCUCUCAUGCUGGCUAGCUGGCUGGCCAGGAGGGUCUUGCCCAUCCUUAUGCUUUUUGCCAUCAAACGUAAACUAGCGGGCGAUAAAUCACCAUGGCAAAAAAUCAUCGUCCCAGUCCUCGCCUACAAAAUGGUAGGCCUCGUCGUCGCCAUUUACCCUUCCUUGUCCAAAGCAAUCCUUGUAUCCUACACCACACUGGUUUGGUCGGUGUGUGCACUCCUGCGCAUUCUCUUGCUCUACAUUCUGACCCCACUUUGGUACACAAUCUCCACUCUUUUAAUUUAUGCUAUCCCAGUUAUCUGUGCUCUCGUCUUGUCCAUUUAUCUGGUUUGCAAGACCAAAAAGGUGCCCCUUGGCAUCCUCCCCGUUCUUGCCCUCCCGUUUUACUUCUUCCCAUCUCAAUCUUACUCUGCCGUAUUGUGGUCAUCAUAUGGGGUCACUGAGUGGCUCAUAUGGGGUAUAUAGCUUUAUUCCACGCAUCUUCAUCCAUGCAUUUACUCUUGAUUUAUUCCAUCCAUGUUCACUCAAUUACAAUGCUGUUAUAUAUAGCCUUUAUCAGUUUGCGGCAUAAGGACGUACGUAGCUAGCUGCUGGCUGACUGGAUUGGCAUAUGUUACGAGAGCAGCAAACUAUUGCAGCCCAUGUAUGCUCAUCAACCAUUCAAUAAAUACUCUAUUUGAGGAUAUGUACUACAUAUACGUACACAAUGUUAAACACUCAUUAUUGUACAUUAUGUGAUGUACUUCCUCUGUUCCUAAAUAUAAGUCUUUUCAGAGAUUCCACUAUAAAGACUACAUUCGGAUGUAUAUAGACGCCUUUUAAAGUAUAUGUUCACUCAUUUUAUUCCGUAUGUAGUCUAUAGUGAA